AUGCAGUUCGGUUGUUUACUGGACCUGACGAUAACAAUGACCCCUGACAAAUUGGGAUAUUGGUUAGUUGAUAAGUUCAACCACAUGGAUUGUAAGUUGCAACUAUACGGUGGGGAAAAUAUUCAUUUGAAUGAGGACAAUGUAUACCUUGCACUCGGUCUUCCUCGUGGAAAGAUUGAGAUCAUGAACAAAAAGAAAAAGUCGGAGUCGGAGUUGUUAAAGGACUGGGUCAGGCUGUAUAAGGUCAGCAAGCCGACGAACAUCACAGCGACCAAAGUGUUGGAUAUGAUUCAGAGUUGUGAGGGGUGUGAUGACCGGUUUAAACGCAACUUCAUCGUCCUUAUAGUGACGCGUUUAUUUGAGAGCACCAGUAAUGGAAUGGCCAAUUUACGUAUGAUACACCUUCUUGAUGAUUUAUCGAGUGUUGUUAAGAUGAACUGGUGCUCGUAUUUGAUUCUGUGUCCGUUGGGAACGAAGAAGUCCUGGAAUGAUAAUCGAAGACGUAAGAAUUUCACAGGACCCCUGCUAUUUCUCACGUUGUUUUAUGUCGAUAAGGUGGUUUUAUCGAUUAGGACGGUUGCAAGAACAUUCUCGAUUUUUAAAGCAUGGAACGAUGAUCUGUUGAAGGACAGAGAACGAGCCGAGAUAUUAACCGGUGCGUUCGGGAGGGGUUAUGUGGAUGUAGACAUACACGUUCCAGAUCCUUCUCUCCGUGUGGAAAGGAAAGUCAUCAGUCCUAAUGGUGAUGAUACGAAGCGCACUUCGGAACUCAGUGUUCAGAAGCUACUCGGGGUGUCUAAUGAAGAUGUAAAAGUGAAGACCGGUCAACACACCCCCAGCUACGAUGAAGAACCUGCCACUAGUGCACCAACACAGCUAGUGGAUGACGUGUUCUGGAACGACCCCAAUACCCUAGCUUCUAUAGAUGCCGUUAUUGACGCCGUUGCACGUCGAGAUCGUUUUAAACGGAUUCACCACGAAGGCCCCAAUUAUAGCUUGGGCUUGGGUCUUUCAUCAGAUGAUGAGAAUGUUGAUGCAGGACGUCAUAAUAAUGUUGACGAAUUCAAUACUGGCGGGCCUUCCAAUGUGGACGUGCCAUCAGCUGAUUGUGGUACGGCGAUGAAUGAUGUUGCGGUUGAUACUGAUGAAACCGGUUUGACUGAGAAUUUGGCGUGUGACAAUGGACACGGCAUGGUGGCUGGUGAUCGUGCCUCUGAAGGGGCCAGUGUUGACGUCAUUGUCGAUAAUGCUGCUGUGGAGACCGGUAGGCCAAAAAGGCAUAUUAUGGCUGGUAGUGCAAUUAAGUCACCUUUCAAGCGGCGUGAGAUCGAUGCCGUUAAAGAACUUGAUGGGAAAGAGAGAAUGGUGGUUAAUUGGCUUCUCAAGAAUCAGAAUGCUGACGAUGGGUUGGUGUGCAUUGUUCCAGAAACUCGAAAGUUCACCGUGCUAGAUAGUGUGGGUGCGUGUAAAGAUAACAGUAUCAAGAAAUCUGUUUUGGCACGUGUUGAGGUUGUUGAUUUCGAUUGGACUGAAGGUCUCGAUGUCGUAGAUGCUGGUGUUAUAACAAUGCGUCUCAUGGAGACGUUCAAGGGGCGCACUACGAAAAGCUGGAACUCCGAUAUGAAGAAGGCCGACAAGGGGCAGCUUGAGCUUAUGAGAAAUCGGUAUUGCUAUGUGAUAGCGUUUGCCUCAAACAAUGAUGCGAAAGAUGACAAUCUCGUGCAAGCAAGGAAGUUUAUGACCGAGGGGGUGAAGUAA